AUGGGCUCGACUCCGCCCGUCUUCAUCGGUGCCGAGGAGGUGGAGAAGCACCUGCACCGUGCCAGCCUCCUGCUCCCGGCGCUGGAGGCCGCUCUCGCCAACUUCUCGGCCGGCGCGGCGGGAGGCGUCGUGCAGCCCGUGCGCACCGUGGUGCCGGUGCACCGGCACGGCGGGUUCCUCGGAGUCAUGCCUGCUUACAGUGCCACAGAUGAUGCUCUGACAACCAAGUUGGUGACUUUUUAUGAGCACAAGAAGGAUUCCUCUGUCCCUUCUCACCAAGCGACAGUCCUCUUAUUUGACCCAAGAAAUGGUUCUUUAAAAGCUGUCCUAGAUGGCAGUGUCAUUACAGCAAAACGAACAGCUGCAGUUUCUGCAAUUGCUACCAAGUUGUUAAUGCCAGCUUUUGCAGAAGUGCUGUGCAUUUUGGGAGCUGGUGUUCAAGCAUAUAGCCAUUAUGAUAUCUUCACAGAGCUGUUCACAUUUAAAGAGGUCAGGAUAUGGAAUCGCACCAAAGAGAAAGCGGUGAAGCUUGCUAAUUCAGUUAAUGGUCUAGUGCAGGUCUGCUCUUCUGCUCAGGAGGCAGUUACUGGGGCUGAUGUGAUUAUAACAGUCACUAUGGCAACGACACCAAUUUUAUUUGGAGACUGGGUAAAACCAGGUGCCCAUAUCAAUGCUGUUGGAGCAAGCAGACCAGACUGGAGAGAACUGGAUGAUGAACUGAUGAAGAAUUCCGUUCUGUUUGUGGAUUCCAGAGAGGCUGCUCUUAUGGAAUCGGGAGAUGUUAUAUUAUCAGGGGCAGAGAUUUUUGCUGAGCUGGGAGAGGUAGUGAAGGGUACAAAACCAGCCCUGCCUGAGAAAACAACAGUGUUUAAAUCACUGGGGAUGGCGGUUGAAGAUACAGUAGCAGCAAAAUUUGUUUAUGACUCAUGGUCAGCUGGUAACUAAAGAGAGAAGUCUACAAUGCCAACGAGGCCAAGAAAAUUGUUUGCACUUAGUUUCCUUGGAUCUUUUGUUAACAAGAAAGGCACCAAUCCUAUCUGAAUGUGGCCCUUCUAGAACAUUCAAGAAUGAAAAGUAAAAUUUCAGCAAUAGACUAAUUUCUACAGUUUUCUAAUGGCAAGUAUUAGAUAUCUGCAGUAUUACUAAUAACUGUAUUUCAUGUAAUGGCAAGUUUUAGAUGUUUGCAGUGAUACUAACGAGGGUAUCUUUACAUAUUUUGGUAUAAUUCUGGAAUCAAUGCCUUUCCUCCCUAAUUAUUUACGUAGCAGAAGUCUGUGGGUAGAUUUUGUGUUUUUAGCGAGGUAAUUCAUACUGGAGUAAAAUGUAUCAGUUUGGAGAAUGGACUCUGGCAUCAUAUUUACCUGUGAUGGUAGUUUAAAUGCAUCUGUGGGUACUACACUGACAGUAACCUAGUCUCUCCUGGGAACACAGCCCGCCUCUGACUCCUGGACACCCCUUCCCUUCCAACUCAGACUGGGAUCUGGAAGUCACCUUCCUUACUUUCACCCUCCACAAUCUCCCUUCCCUGCCCUCAGACCCAACGUUUUUUCAUUUAAGAGCACGCUCCUGAGUGGGAGUUUAUAUAAAUAAUGAUGCCUCCAUACAGUUAGAUUUCUGUCUGUUUUUGUAAAAGACCUGCCUUGGGAAGACUUAGAGAGCAAAAAACCAGAGCUAAUAUUAUGUACAUUUUAACUGAGAGGAAACUAUACUCAAUACCUCUCUUAGUACAUUCCUGGGUGGGAUAUUGCCAUUUUCGUAUUGCAAGGAGUCACUCAAAAUGUGAGCACUAAAAAUGUGUUUUGAUUUAACUUUUAUCUGUAUUCUGUGGGGAGAUUUUGUUAGUAAUCUAUGGAGUUUGUAAGUUCUUUUUCUAAGCUUCUUGAAGGUUGGAACUGUACAAAUUGAUUUCAGUAGGAUAAACUUCAAGUAUACAGUCAAAUAUUUUCAGCUUGGCUGUACCAUGGAUCAAUUGGUAAUUGUUCUUUUAUCCCAGUGGGUAUUUGCUGGGGCAGGAAUUUCCAUGAUCCUUUCUUGGCGGAGGAACCCAGUGAUGUUCUACAUAAGGAAAAGUUCCAGUUUUGUGCUGUUAUGCAACUGCCUUACAAAAGAUUGAGCAUCUGCUGAAAAGCGGCUAUUGCCCUGGAAACAAAUUCCUGUCUCGGGCUUGAGUUGUGCCUUAUGAAAUUUUAUUUCUACUUACAUAUUAUUUCAUGCAGGCUAUUAAGUGUUUCUUCACUCUGUGGAAGGAUUAGAUGACAUGGUCAUUCUAUAUUGAUGCCAGUAGAAUACAGUGGAGCAACAGGAAAGAGGUAUAGAAGCAGUUAGCGUUAAAGCCCUUGAUGGUGCAUAAGUAAGUAUAGAAGAGGUUAAUGAGUACAGUGCAGGUGUGACAUAAAUAAUACUCCAAAUUAUAAGCCUGGUGUAAACUAGUUGGAAAAAAGUAGUAAGUGGCAGAGUUUGUAAUUUGCAGAGUUUUAGCAGGGAAGGGUACCAGACCUGUAAGUGAAUAGGGCCAAAGGAUGUGUUCGUGUGGAUAGAAAUCUAACUCCAUUGAUCUUGUUUACAUUGGCAGAAACAAGAACAGAAAUUUCUCUAUAAGCUGUUGUAUUUUUUAACUGUAGCAAAACUACCCUUCUAUGUUUACACGUUUUUUUCUUCGUCAUUUCUGAAGUGUUCAGAAAUGUAAGUGUUGACUUAGCCUGUUACUUCAGUGAUAGAGAAUUCCACUAGCUUGAGACAAACGUGACAGCCAUCGAUGUUCCAUAAUUCAAGAACUGUAUGGAAACUUGCACUUACUACUUACGACAAUAUUAUCCCAGUUCUGUGCCUGUGUAAAACAGUUUUACAAGUUACAAAGUAAUUUGAAGUGAGACAUAGUGUUUGGGAAGAAGACAAAUACAGUUUAUUUUCACAUGUACUCUUCUACAGACUAUGCACUUUAAAAGUAGAUGGAACUAGUCCAAAAACCUGGUUCUGAAAACCCACAGUGUUCUCGGCAAUAGGAGGUUCUGGGAGCCUGGCUUCAGCAUUGUACCUCUGAAUUCAUGAAGAGGAUUUGAUUCAAUUACAAUGGGAGUUGCUUGGAUGCUGUCUUUAGAUUUUUUUUUUUUUUUUGAGGGGAAAUAAUAGCCUUAAUUUCCAUGUUUCCUUUUCUUACAAAUCAGAGUCUCAAGAAAUUGUGUAACUUGCAUUUAUGUUAAAAUUAAAUAGAUACUGCUGUUUUUCUUUUGACUUUCA